AACGGCGGUUUUCGAUUUCAAGUAGUUCACUCGAGUUCACUUUCGACCACAACUCGAUUGGCGCUUCAGUCGUUUUCCAGAGUACCAAAUUACUGUUUCUCGAUGUCGAUUUUGAUCGAUUCUCGACCGCGUCAAGAGUAACCCUGCUGAUUUCAGUCAGCAUCGUCCAUUAUAAAAUUAUGCAUUGAAUGACUGGUUCAAUAAAAAGUACCUGAAUUAAAUCAAUAUAGGUACUUACUGCCUCAUUAUCACGGCCUACAGCUAGCUAUCAAUUACCGACUGCACCAAUUUAUUGGUAUUUCUAUUACCAAGGAGAAACAGCUAAUUGACAUAAUUUUUAUGCUCUUCAACAUCCUGUUUCAUAAUAAUUACGGUUUGUGCCAAUAAAAUAUUAAUUUUAAUAUAUUACCUACUUGAGAUUGUCGCUCUGAUAAUUUAAAUGCAUUUGUCGGAAUGUAAACAGAUCUGACCAGUUUUUUAAAUUUACAUAAAGUUACAAACAUUGGUCCAACAAAAUUGUCAAUUAUUAUGUUGGCCGAACAUUCCGAGACUAGUUUUAAAAUAUUCUUGUUUUAGUACGUCAUAGGCUUUCAAAGAGUUCAGACGUUUGAUAAAAGGUUUUUUUUUUAAAUAUGGCUGGUUUGGAAAAUUUGAGCGAACGUGAUAGAGCUGUCUUGAGAAGUAUUUUUGAUCCAACAGCGACAAUCGGGGAUGUGAUCGAUGAUGGCGACACCUUUCCUAAAGAUGACGAAGAACCAUCUACGGAAUCUUACCAAGAAUCUAUCAGGCUAUCAGCCGAAGGUGUCCACCUGGCGGAAGCUGGUAAGCUGAAGGAAGCCCUGGAGGCCCUCAACAAGGGCAUUGAGGUGGCACCUGAUAGGGCUGCGGGUUAUAACGACAGGGCUCAAGUGUUGAGGCUUUUGCAGAAAGAUGAUGAUGCUAUGUCAGACAUUGACCGGGCGCUACAACUGACGGAAGGCAAGCAAACCCGCGCACGCGCACUAGCACUGUGUCAACGCGGGGUGCUACUGAGGAAACGAGGCGCAGACGCAGACGCGCGGGCUGCCUUUACUGAGGCAGCUAAACUAGGCAGUGGUUUUGCUAAGAAACAGGUGGUAGAACUGAAUCCAUAUGCGGCGCUUUGCAACCAAAUGCUGAGUCAAGUUAUGCGAGGAGAAGAUAUACAACUGUGAAAGUUUAAUAUUUUUAUAUUUAGUGUUAUCAGUUAGUCUAUCAGUUAUCUAUAUACAAGCGCCACUCUGUGGUGAUGUAUGUAUAUGAUGUAUGUAUUAUAAUUAUACAAAUUCUGACAACCAGCGAGUUACUUACGGACGUUGAAAAGUCCCCUUCUUACUAUCCCUAAGAUUAUUGAACGUGCCUUCAGAAAUACAUUAGGUACGGUCAAUAGCAUGACAACCUUCCCAAUUUACUGCAAUCAUAAUCAUUAAUAUAAUCACGUCUAUAUCUACCAUUUGCGAAAAAACCUGUAUUCUUUUGUAGGUGGCGCUAAAUUCACGCGAGCGAAGUUGCGGGUAAAAGCUAUUUGAAAAUAAAACGCAAAACAUCUAAUGGAUUAGAAAUGUAUAUUGUUGAGU